UCCAGCGAGACAAGACAAAUCUACAGUUCACAAAUUUUCAUUCAACAACCUACUAGAACUGUUUUAACAUUCUGUAUUGUCAUGUUUUAAACCACUGCAUCCAUUUAACGUUAACAGUAAUUGUUUUCACUUUGGGCCGAACCUUUAUUUUGAUAAACCUACCCCGGAGGUAAUCUAACUCAACCCGGAAGUAAUCACGUCAGCUGAAUCCAUGUUAGCCUCUUGGGUGUAAUGAUAAACACGAAAAGCUGAUCUCGGCUUGUGUAAAUCUUCCCCAAUGUAAGCGAACUAUCUGCUUUUACAUUACACUUUAAAGUGUACGUGUCUGCCAUUAGUCCACAAUAAAGUUUAAUUUGCGCCCUUGGUGCUGGUAGGUAGCACCUAAGCGGAAUUACCGGAUGGAGGAGCAGGAGGACCAAACAUAGUGCGGUGGUGAUGCUGACGUUAUGGAGAUGUGAUACCGUGAAGGUAAAAUGAUUUGCUCGGACUCCACUUCCGGCCAUGUGACAUCAGUGGGGUGAGGUUUAAUAUCCUUCAUUCAAAUAGUGCUGUGUACUCCCCCUGGUGGCCAUGCGCAUCACUUUAUGCCAAGGCGUGUUAACCGCAGCCAUCCUCAUCAACCUCCUCAUUCUCUACUAUGUGUCGCGGGCACAGCAGCAGAUGAUGGAGAAGAGGAGGGAGCACAGCAGGGGCACCAGGAAAGCUCCCUUACCCGCAUCCGCUCUAGGGGCAGGCAUAGGGCCCGCAGGUGAGCCCGGAGGAGCCGCGGUGGCCUCUCACCGCCGCACUCCUCGUGUGACUGUGCUCCUCAGAGAGUUUGAAAACUUUGAGAAUUAUGUUGGGGAUGUGGCCACUUCAUUUCUCAGACAACGACCUGAGCUUCCUUUCCUGGUUGUGGCCGACACGCCUCCGUACCCGCCGCUGGUGCUCGCCGACGGCGCUCGGCUUCUGGUGCUCUCGCCGAGCCCCGAUCAGCCGCCGCAAGCUCACAGGCCUGAGUUCCACGUCCAGACAGAAUUUGUGCUCCUGGUUCCUGACGGGGUAGAGCUGGAGCCGGCCCGAGCUAUCGAGAGGCUGAUUAAGGAGCUGGAAGGGGAGGGCGGGGGUCCGGUGAGGCUGGUGGCGUCACCCGUGCUGGCUCGAUCCGCCGUGGAGUGUCUCCACCUGCGGGUGAACCUUCGAGAGUGGACCGCUGCUUACUCGACCGCUGCAUCCGGAAGCAGCGGGAGCGUGUGUACAGCCUUGCAAGGCGAUGCCGUGGUCCUCAUCCGCACGGAGGAUCUUUUUAAUCUCUCCGUACCACUCGGGAGGCCCCUCCUCUCCUCGCUCUUCAUCCAGACCGCUCUGCGGGGCUGGAAGGUUAAACUCCUGGAGAGCCCGUGUUUCUCCGCCAACCGCCGGCCCCUCUUCAGCUCGGCUCACAACCAGUGGAAGGCCGACACCCGCCUGAAGGAGGCCACUGGCAAGCUGAUGAGGAGCUUCGGCGUGAAGCGCCUCCUGUUCCCUGAGGGGAAGGAGCAGUGGCACGGCUGCAGUAAAGAGACUCCUCGCUGCUUCGGCACGGUGCAGGAUGACACCCCCGAUUACCUCUAUCUGGAUCGCUGGACGCCGCCUUGUUGUCUUCGUGCUCUCAGAGAAACUACCAAAUACGUCAUCAACAUCCUGGAGAGCUCCGGGGUACGCUACUGGCUGGAAGGCGGGAGCUUGCUCGGGGCCGUCCGCCACCAGGACAUCAUCCCAUGGGAUUACGACGUGGACUUGGGCAUCUACCUGGAGGACGUGCCCAGCUGCGAUCACCUGAAGAACCUGGACUCGGGCUCUUUGGUGGACGCCAACGGCUACGUGUGGGAACGUGCGGUGGAGGGCGACUUCUACAGGGUGCAGUACAGCGAGGCCAACCACCUGCACGUGGACCUGUGGCCCUUCUACCCCCGAAACGGCGUCAUGACCAAAGACACGUGGACCGAGCACAAGCAGGAUGUGGAGUUUCCCGAGCACUUCCUGCAGCCGCUCGUGCCCAUGCCGUUCGCGGGCGUCACCGCCUACGGACCCAACAACCACCGCGCCUUUUUGGAACUCAAAUUCGGAGAGGGGGUCAUUGAGAACCCCCAGUAUCCUAACCCUGCCAAGAAAGGCUUGGACAGGGCCAAAUUAUGAGAGGACUUGUGUUCAAGUCACUUUAUCAUCAGUACUGUAGUUUGCAACACUGGACUGUUUUUCAGCAGUGACAUUCGUAAUCAGUCGGCAUUGAACAUCUGCUGUGAAUGUGGAUGUGCUGUGCAAUCAGAUGAUUUCCCGUCAGCAAGUGAUUGGAAGGCCCUGUGCUGUGUGGAAGAUGUACGCUUAUCUUGCUGUUGCACCUUUUAUCAAUGGAUGCUACUCUAUAGCAGGGCUAUUCAACCGGUGGCCAUGAAAGAAUGACAUCACUACUUGGGAGCGACCCAUGUUUUUGCAGCUGAUUCCUAAAAACAGCAGCACACCCGCUGUGACAUAGAGCAGCGGUCCCCAACCACCGGGCAGUACACUUAAAAAUGAAUUUGUAAAUAACCACAUCAAUUAUUUACGCAGUCGGGAUAUUUUUGCACGUGUUUGUUUCAUUGGUUUUGGCGGGCGACCCGUCUCAGUUUGUUAGACAGUCCUUGAAGGCACCGAGCUAUGUUGGUGUGCUAACUUUCUCCCGUGCUGCACAGAUACUUGCGCUGUCAUUUUCCCCAUUGUUCUUUCAGCUGAUAUUUGGCCCCAAAUGCUGCGUUGAUGAUGUCAUUGAGUGCUAAUGUGCAUAUUUGUCAAGUUAAUUCAUGCUAGCACACGGCCUAUCACCACACACGGCAAACGGUGACGUCGUGAUCUUCAGAAAACCAAGUGCAGGCUCAUACUGGUGGAUGCUGGGUGUGUAUUCAUUUUGCGCUUUUAAUUUGAUGUUGGUGGUCCUGUGUUAGUUUUACACGACACAUAACAGCAUUAGAUCGCUACAAUGUCCGACCCCCCCAGACAGAUAACAGGUUCUCAAUAAAGACUCCAGCUGAUUCCAUUUCAGAGCCUUUACUUUGAAGCACUGCAAAACUAAAAAUAAAACAUUUGUAUUUAAACAAAUGUGCUAGUUCGAUGCUAAUUUGCAAAGAAAAUCCCAUCUAUACGUUAGCGAUUAGCAUUAGCCAUUUUACAUGACGAGUUCGAACACCUCAACAAUUAAAGAGAUUAAGAUGCGCAUUCCAUAUGAACAGCUGAUAUGUAAUAAGCGUGAAAUGCUCACACACUUUCUACGGCUCAACAAGACACAGGACUGACACACAACUAUUAAUCGACGACACCCUGCUGCAUAAAAAAAUGAUCUUCAGAAUGAACACGCCAGAUUGACACUGACUGAUUUAGAGGAUCUUUGGCUAACGUAAUGCUUCUUUUUAUUCACUUUCUGAGGCCCACCAAUAGACAGAUCUGGCACAUUCAACAGUGUUAAGAAAACACCCAGCUGCAUGAAAAAACAUUGAAUGUGCAAGACUCACAAGUUGAGACUGAUUUAUUUAGUUCCUGGAUGGUUUCCUGCACUUGCUGCCUGCUGGACGUUGCCAAGCAGCCAAGUUUGCAGAGUCAGCAGCAGAUUCGGCAUCAGUUUUUUUUUUUUUUGGUCCCAAUAAUCAGCUGCUGUUUUUUUGUCUUGUCCAGUCAUUAGGGCAGAUAGUAUUUUUGAUAGAUAGUAUUGAGACUGAUUUAGAGGAUCUUUGCUUUUAUUUGCAACCAUUCAUUCACGUCGUGAGGCCCAACAAGAGACAGGAGUGGCACAUUCAACAGUAUUACAACAACACCCUAGUAGGUGGGAAAAGAUUGAAUGCGCAAGACCCACCAGUUGAGAUCGAUUGAGAGGAUCAAACCUCGAGUCCAUGGAUAUUUCAGAAAUAAAUUCUAUUAAAAAAAUAAUCACACAUGGCCUGAAGCAAUUGUAAACAACAUAUAGUGCCAAUUUGUGGGGACUGCUCGCAGUCUUAGAUACUUGAAAGCUCCACUAGGUGGUGAAACAUCUAAAGUACUCGGGUUCACCUUUCCUUUCAGACUUUUUUUUACUGUUUUCUUUUUUUUAAUAAUAGCAAAUGAAUGUUAUGGGCUGAGCCAGGCCCUUUAAGAAGAAUUGAAUUGUGGGAAGUUGAGUAUCAUCUGUCUACACCGCCCUUUGUUUUCUGCGUCCUGAUUGACAAUGGUUUGCAAACUUAAACAUUUGUGUUGAUCAUUAAAAUUCAAACAAAAUGUGAACUUUGAGAGUGUUCAAACAACAGAAGUGUGAGACAAUGUCAAUGUCUGUCUGAGAAAAGUGUAUCAAGUGUAUGGUGGGGGCUUUUACAACCUUAAGACAUAUAGAAUCAUUGGAAACAAAUAAAGUUGGCUGCUUUUGGGAAACUAUCCCCCACGAUAAAUGAGGGAACACUGUAUUGGAUGUCACAGCAAACAGGAGUGCUUGCUAGUCACAGGCUGGAGGGGGUGCGAGGGUCCUAAUUCCAUGAAGUCCGUGUUGCACACCAAGUAGAGUAUACAGUAUGCUAUUCCUUUGCCAUCAUCAGCCCAUGUAACAGCACAUGUAGUGAUGUGCAUUGCAUGCAUUGUGUGAUGUACAUUGUGCAUACAUUGUGCUUGUAAGGAGAGGUUCUGCAGGUCCUUCAUACCGACCGCUGUCAGGCUCUACAACACCUGCACCACCUGAACCAUGUUGUAGUCACUAUGUAUUCUUUACUUGCGUAUCUUGCUCGCUGCUGUAACAAGUGAAUUUCCCUGCUGUGGGAUUAAUAAAGUACAAUACAUUACAAUUCAAUAUGCACAGGCCCUUUCAAAACUUUUGGUCUGUAAAUAAGCUUUGAUACUGUUAAAUCAUAAAAAAAUUUAUUGUUGAGAUCCCAAAAGGCAUACUUUCAUGUGCAUAGUCACAUCAAAUAAAACAGUUCAACUUAACGGAAACCCAGCAAUGAAAAGGACCUUGUACCAACAAGUUUGUAGUAUCGGACGUAUGGAGGUGUCACUUGGCUCAUCAUGUCGUCAAUGUGAUUUUAACCUAGACAAACCACAACAAUAGAUGACAAAACGAACAUGAAGAGUGACAUUCACCUGCUAAAAAAAUGUAAAAGACAAAAUCCCUGCACCCAAGCGGAAGUACCUUGAACACACAAAAGAAAGCAUGGAAAAAAAAAUCAAAUCUGUUUGUAGAGUAAUUGAAUGAGAUGUUCAAGGAUGGCCCCGCAAAAUAACCACUUUGGAAAUCUUACAGGGAAAAAAAUAUCUUCGGAUGUUUGACUUAGACGUAACAUACACGUUUAACCUUUGAGGUCAAUGAAGUUAUUUCCAUACUUUCAUUCGCCACCAGGGGGAGCCAUUCAUUCAAAAUGUCAUUCUAACGUCCACACGUUGAUACCUUGUUGUGCUUUCAAAACUCAUCUCUGUGCUCUGCUAAGAUGCUAAAGUACAAAAACAAAACAAAAAACGAGGUCUGGAAAACUAAAUAAAUAAAAAGGGAUUCUUUUUGGUCUUUAGGAGGGAAUCAACAGUCUUCACUUCAAGUCAGCAGAGCCUGACGUAAAGCAGUAACAGCACCGAGGUCCGAUUAUUUUUGAAAGAGGCAGAAUGGCUUUGGUGUAUCGCUGGAUAGGUCCAUUUGGUGGAAGAAUAUCAAUGUUUGUUUUCCUCGCAUGCGUACUAAAGUGACAUGGACCAGUUCACACCACAACAUACACCAAAUAAAGCAUUUUCAACCGUGGCCAAUUAAUACCAGAGGUCCAACUUGUCUCUUACCAUCAAUAAAUUACGUUAUUCCACUACAGUAGUCCUUCACGUCCCGAUUGUAUAAUUACUGCUGACUUAACAAUACCGCUGCUUAGAAAGUAGUCCAUCAGCUUCCAGGACCAGGUCACAUGGCUUUACAUUUUACAUGACAGAUUCUUUUUCCCGGUGCAACUCGUUGGCGUUGUUGCUCGCUGCGUCUCCCACCCCACCUGGUUUCCGCAUGAGCGGCGAGUGCUCGGCGGCGGUGUCGGCAUGCGGUUUGACUUCCAUCAGUUCCUCUCCUUCCCGUUUGGACGUGCGGUCUACGAAGAACUGAAGGAGCCCGGCUCCGAAGGCGUCGCCCUCCACGUUGAGCACCGUGCACGUGCGGUCGCUAAACACAAAGAUGACAAAAGCGCCAGUAAGCUUUUAAAGGCUAAGAAAGUUACAUUUUUUCCAUGUUCAGGGCCAUGUGCUUUCCUUUUA